CCAUUGGGCCUCGAGUUGGAGUUGUCGUGCUCAAAAGAAGGGGAGCCCCAGGAAUAGUGUGUGACCAGUGAGUAGAGAGAGCAGAGUUGCUAUUUUGGGUAGUAGAUGAAAGGCGUGAGCUCCGACGGUGGUGUGUGAGGACUUGGCAUUUGAUGGCUCCGUGGGAUGGCUUCUGGGCUGGUAGGGCCGCCAUUGCCGGCGGCAAUGCCUACCGCGACAUGCCGGUCAUUGUCAAGAUGGAGAACCCCAACUGGUCUAUCCCCGAGAUCGACGAUGGCGGCGACGACAACGAGGACUUGUUUGCCCGAGCAGGCGGGCAAAGGCGGAGGGUGAAGAACGUGAAGCAAAUCACAUGGGUGUUUCUCCUCAAGGCCCACCGCGCCGCCGGCUGCUUGGCGUGGCUCGCAUCUGCCGCGGUCGCGCUAGGCGGCACUGCACGGCGCCGCGUGGCGAUCGGUAGGACGGACUCCGGUGACACCGAUGCGGAAUACGAGGAGCGGACCGCUGCACCGAGGCGGUCCCGGUUCUACAUGCUCAUCAAGGCCAGUCUCCUGAUGUCCAUCUUUCUGCUUCUUGUUGAGCUCGCCGCCUACUACAACGUCAGGGGGUGCCUCGCCGUCUUCGUCGAGUCUUUCUACACGCCAUGGAUACACUUUCGUGUCACCUACGUGGCCCCGCCGCUCCAGCUCCUCGCCGACACCUGUGUGGUGCUCUUCCUAGUACAGAGCGUUGAUCGCCUCGUCCAGAGCCUCGGUUGCUUGUACAUUCUCGUCAAACGCAUCAAGCCUAAGCUAGUCGCUCCAGCAUUGUGUGAUGCAGAGGACCCUGACGCUGGCUAUUACCCCAUGGUGCUCGUCCAGAUACCAAUGUGCAACGAGAAAGAGGUGUAUCAACAUUCGAUAGCGGCGGUGUGCAAUUUAGAUUGGCCGAGGUCCAACUUUCUUAUACAGGUGCUAGACGACUCUGAUGACCUGACAACACAGGCGUUGAUCAAAGAUGAGGUGGAGAAGUGGCGGCAUAAUGGUGCACGCAUUGUCUACCACCAUCGUGUCCUUAGGGAGGGUUACAAGGCAGGCAACCUCAAGUCGGCAAUGAGCUGCGACUAUGUGAAGGACUAUGAGUAUGUUGCCAUCUUUGAUGCCGACUUCCAGCCAUAUCCUGAUUUCUUGAAGCGCACCGUGCCACAUUUUAAGGACAACGAGGACCUUGGCCUUGUCCAAGCUAGAUGGUCAUUUGUGAACAAGGAUGAGAACCUAUUGACACGGUUGCAGUACAUUAACUUGUGCUUCCACUUUGAGGUGGAGCAACAAGUGAAUGGUGUGUUUAUCAACUUCUUUGGAUUCAAUGGCACAGCUGGGGUGUGGAGGAUCAAGGCUGUGGAGGACUCAGGAGGGUGGAUGGAGCGAACAACGGUGGAAGACAUGGACAUUGCUGUCCGUGCACACCUAAAGGGCUGGAAGUUUGUCUUUCUGAAUGAUGUUGAGUGCCAAUGCGAACUACCAGAGUCAUACGAGGCUUACCGAAAGCAACAACACCGGUGGCAUUCGGGGCCGAUGCAACUGUUUAGGCUAUGCUUGCCAGAUAUCAUCAGAUGCAAGAUUGUAUUCUGGAAGAAGGCCAACCUGAUAUUCCUUUUCUUCUUGCUACGCAAGCUCAUCUUGCCUUUUUAUUCCUUCACACUCUUUUGCAUCAUCCUACCAAUGACAAUGUUUGUGCCUGAAGCUGAGCUCCCCGAUUGGGUCGUCUGCUACAUCCCAGCGCUGAUGUCCUUCCUAAACAUCGCCCCCGCACCAAAAUCAUUCCCAUUUAUCAUCCCAUACCUUCUCUUUGAGAACACCAUGUCUGUUACCAAGUUCAAUGCCAUGAUCUCUGGACUAUUCCAGCUAGGAAGCACAUAUGAGUGGGUCGUGACCAAGAAGUCUGGACGCUCAUUGGAGGGUGAUCUCAUUGCCUCGGCGCCCAAGGGGCUGAAACAACUAAAGUAUGGCUCGGUGCCAUCCAUCAACGUAGGAAUCAAGGAGCAAUCGAAGGCCAAAAGGGAGUCCAAGAAGUACAACCGGAUAUAUAAGAAGGAGCUUGCCCUGUCACUACUACUCCUAUCCGCCGCUACUCGCAGCUUACUAUCAAAACAAGGGAUCCACUUCUACUUCCUAUUGUUCCAAGGCAUCUCCUUCUUGCUGGUGGGACUUGACCUCAUAGGUCGGGACGUCAAAUAAACCAACCAUAGCAUGGACACAGAAAGUAAGUUGUUACUAAACUAGCAAUAUGUGGGUCAUAGAUGUUGUUGUACCUUCCAUCGUCAAGGGGCGUAGGAUCUAGGAACCCGAUCCUAACAUGCGGUUCGAUGCAGUCAAAGGAUUCUUACAACG